ACUUCCAACCUUGCGCAUGCGUACUUCUCAGUCUGUCAGACAGCGGCAGCCAGUAAACAUGGCUGUUGUUGGCUUCCGACGGUGGGCCAAAGCCCUUUCUAAAGGGAAAGGUUCUGGGAUUUCAGCCCUUUUGUCGGGAUGUAGAGCAGCCUCUGGUGGGUCAAAGGAUGUUAUACCGGGUCCUUACCCGAAGACCCCCGAGGAGAGAGCUGCUGCUGCGAAGAAGUACAACAUGAGGGUUGAGGACUAUGAACCGUAUCCCGACAACGGCGAGGGGUAUGGUGAUUAUCCAAAGCUACCAGAUAGAUCACAGCAUGAGAGAGAUCCCUGGUACAAGUGGGACCACCCUGACCUGAGGAGAAACUGGGGAGAGCCGAUGCACUGGGAUUUUGACAUGUACAUCCGGAACCGUGUGGAUACAUCUCCCACCAUUGUACCUUGGCCCAAAAUGUGCAAAUAUCUGUUUGGCUACAUCGGGUUCAUGCUGUUGAUGUUCUACCUUGGGGAGAAAUUCCCAUCUUACCAACCCGUUGCACCAAAACAGUAUCCUUAUAACAACUUGUACCUGGAGAGAGGAGGCGAUCCGGAAAAACAACCAGAGGAAGUCACAAAUUAUGAAAUCUAAUGACUAAAUCUGAUUCUACUAUGUAUAUUUCUGUCAAAAAUAAACAUGUUAACAGUUCAA